AUGGAUUUUAUAAGAAAUUCUAGUCAAGGUAUAGUUGAUGCUCAAUUAGCAUCAUUUAUUGAACAAGAAAAUCAAAAACAUCAUUUUCAUUCAAUUGUACAUGGAUUAACAGAGAAAUGUUGGGAUUUAUGUUCACCAAAUAUAUCAUCAAAAAUUGAUGAUAAAAAUCAAAAAUGUUUAAUUGAUUGUGUUGAACGUUUUGUUGAUUCAAGUAAUUAUAUUAUGAAUAAAAUAAAUCAAAAAGAUGCUGCAACUAAUAUAAAAAUGAAUGUAAAUGAAUUUAAUUCAUUAACAGAUUUUUCAUUAGGUGCACCGGAUAUUGGUCUUGAUAUACCUGAAUUUUCUACACAUUAUAAUUCAUCAAAUCAACAAGAAAAAAAGAAUAAUCGAAAAUUUUGGUAG